UAUUAAGGAUUGGUGAUGAGACUUUAACCGAAUACAUUGAUGAUUGCGUGCAUGUACAGGCAAUAACGAUGUAUAAUAGCGACACACACUGAAAUAAAGAAGACGAAUUUUUCCGUCGUCGUCGUCGAUAUUUUUUUAAGUAACAUUAGAUGUAACACAAACUCAGCAACACACAAUUAACACAAUUUAGGAAAUUCGUUUACACACAGCAACAACAAAAAUAAAUAUCUAGCAAAUAUUAAACAAUUCUCUUUUAUUUUCAAGUGUUUAGUCGUUUUAAUUCAAUCUGUUCCAGUGUUCAGCGAACAAUUUUUUGUUCGCUCUUAUUUUACUUGUAUACACUGAACGUCGGUGAAAAAGACGGAAUUUUUUUUUAUAAGCAAAUGGAAGAGAAAUAAAAUCAUCAUCCGCAUUUAAAAUACAUCAACAGUAUCGAAUUCAACUAAAUAAUUUUCCUUUUUUCUAAACAAAAAAAAAGAACAUUAACAUUAAGUGAAACAUUGAAGCAAUUCGAUUGAAAAUCAAAGAUAAAAAAAUCAUAGUGUUUUGCUAUUGGAUUCAAUUCGAAUUGCAAACACAAAACACAAUAAGAAAAUCCAUUACAAUGGACUGUCAUCGAAUGUAAAGUGUUCAGUUCAAAAUUACAGUGGAUUUGUUGGCGAAAAAAAAGCACCAAUCCAUCCACGUAAGAGAAGUUGGGUGUGUUUUUUCCUUUCUCAGUUAUAAGUGAAACAAACAGUUGUUGUGAUUUGUUCUAGUGGAAUUAGCCUUUGAACGAGUUCAUUGCUUACACCGGCUAAACUGAGUGUAUACUAGACGCAACGAAAAAAAGCAACACGAGCUUGUGGUAUACCACAGGCCGAACAGUUUCAGCAGUGGAAUUACCUGUUAAAGGCUGAAACACACAGAGUGUAGAACGGAGAGCGGUGCAACUACAACAACAAAUAAACAAAAUAGAUUUUGAACGUAUUAGCAAAUUAUGACAUACGAUAGCAGAGGCCAUGCAGUUGAAUCGGAUGAUAUAUCGGAUCAACGACACGAAAACACAAUGCUCAAUUCACGGAAUAAUGAAUCAAAUCAACCAACGUCUGAACAAUUGAUUGAACAUUUUCCGGAGAUAAAACUCCGAUCGCUUAUAGCUAAAAUAUCGAGUCCACGAUGGGUAGUACCAGUGUUACCUGAUCAAGAAUUGGAAUGCCUAUUAAAUUAUGCGAUUGAAUUAACGAAGGCUGGUAUUGACGAGGAAUGUGAGUCAUGCAUGCGCUUUUAUCGCGAAGGUUUGACGGUUUCAUUUAUGAAAAUUCUAACGGAUGAAGCGGUCAAUUCAUGGAAAUACAAUAUACACUACUGUAUAUUCAAUUCGUGUGUGAAGUUUAUGCAAUUGUGUGCAUUGCAUUUAAAACGUGAUAAUACAUAUUUAUUGGAAUUGUUGAGUGUUGUUUUGGAUCCCGAUAAUAAAUUCAAUACAUUUAAUAUAUCACGGCAAGCGACCAAUUCAUCAUUUGGCAGCCUAACGGCAGCCAAUGUGAAAAGUGACAAUUCAAUCGGUCAACAAUCGCCGGCUAUCACAACAACAACACCAACCAGCACAGCGGUGAAUACUGGCUCAACAACAGCAACACCAUCUACUGCCACAACAUCGCCAUCGACUCCAUUAGUUUCUCAAACUCAAAAUGUUGUGGAAAUUGAUUUCCCCAUUAUGGACGUUGUGGAAACCAAUUCAAGUACACCAACGGUUUUAAAUAAACCAAAUACAUCUCCGGUCAAUACAACGUUGAAUUCAACUAAUGUCACACAACCGCGACAAUCGCCGGUUCAACUACAAAGCAACGAAAAUGCAUCCACUCCAUCUAGAAAUCAGUCACAAAAUAACGCCGGUACAAAUGCAUGGGAAGUAUGCAUUUUAUCGGAAGAUCAAUUAUUUGCUAAAUCACCACCAGAACCACAUCAUCCACGCGGUUGGCUUGUCGAUCUCAUCAAUCGAUUUGGUCAAUAUGGUGGUUUUGAUAAUUUGCUGGAUCGUUUUUAUGCUGGUGUUGCUUCGGUGCAAAAGAAAUCGAGCGAACAACCAAUCGAUGCCAAAGAUGCAAAAACUGUAACAUCAAAUGGAGUGACAACGGUACGACCAAUAACAGCAACCACAACCAAUACAACGCCAACCGCCCAAAUAAAAACCAAUGAAAAUAACAGCAACAUAACAUUGCAUUUAAUUUAUGCAUUGGUUCGACCAUUUGGCCAAUGUUAUGAGCUACUUACGGUGCGCACCAUUGAAAAGUACUUUUUACCCAUGUGGGAAAUUGUAUUGGAAUUGUUAAACAAUUUAUCGGAUGAAGAGCUAAAACGUGAAGCAAAACCAGAAGGUCGAAAUGAUUUGAUCAAUGGAAUUAUAAAAUCGGCACGAUGUUUAACUAGUCGUUUAUCAAAUCAAGAGAAUCUUAUCAAAGAAUUGGAAAUGUUUCGACUGAAAAUGAUUUUACGUUUAUUGAAAAUAUCCAGUUUUAAUGGUAAAAUGAGUGCAUUAAAUGAAAUCAAUAAGAUUUUAUUCGCCUUUUCCUACUAUCCGCGACAAUCGCAAAUUCCGAUGUGCGCCCCAGAAGAGGAAAUCGAUUGGUUGAGUGCGGAAAAAAUUGCAAAAUGGAUAAAAGACAGUAAUGUAUUGGGCAUCGUGUUGCAUGAUUCACUGCAUCAACCACAGUAUGUGGAUAAAUUGGAGAAAAUUUUACGAUUUUUAAUCAAAGAAAAGGCGUUAACGCUCAGUGAUUUAGAUGCCGUAUGGCAAGCACAAGCUGGUAAACAUGAAGCAAUCGUUAAGAAUGUUCAUGAUUUGCUUGCAAAAUUAGCCUAUGAUUUUAAUACCGAGCAAUUGGAUCAUUUAUUUGGAUGCUUUCAGGCCAGCAUGAAGUCGGCCAAUAAGCAUCAACGUGAACGUUUAUUGGAGUUAAUUCGUCGUUUAGCCGAAGACGAUAAAAGUGGCGUGAUGGCACACAAAGUGUUAAAACUAUUCUGGACAUUGGCCCAUAGUUUGGAAAUACCAAAAGAAGUAAUGGAACAAGCAUUAACGGCACAUGUGAAAAUUUUGGAUUAUAGUUGUGCGCAAGAGCGUGAUGCUCAGAAAACCAUAUGGCUAUCAAAAUGUGUGGAAGAAUUGAAACAGGAUAAUGGAUGGGUGUUGCCAGCAUUACGUUUAAUCCGUGAAAUAUGUUGCCUGUACGAUCCAUCCACUAGUCAUGUGCAACGAAUGCAUCAGAGUUUUAAUCGUCAGCAUGUGAUUGAGCGGCUACAGAAUGAGCAUACGCUAGUCAUUUUGGUAACAAAUAGCCUUACCGCAUACAUGGAUCGCGUCCGUGCGAUUGUUAAAGAGAAACCAGAUACCGUGCCUGAAACACUGUUGCUCGAUCAUCGUUAUCCGCAUCAGCAACAGAUUCAAGAGCGUUUAGAUUUUUUGAAAUUCGUCUUAAAAGAUGGUCAACUGUGGCUGUGUUCGGAUCAAGCAAAACAAAUUUGGCAGUGUUUGGCUGUGAAUGCUGCCUUUCCAACGGAUCGCGAAGAGUGCUUUCGAUGGUUUGGCAAAUUGAUGGGCGAAGAACCGGAUCUCGAUCCCGGUAUCAAUAAAGACUUUUUCGAAAAUAACAUACUACAAUUGGAUCCACAAUUGCUAACCGAAAGUGGCAUUAGAUGCUUUGAACGCUUCUUCAAGGCGGUCAAUUCAAAAGAGGAGAAACUAAAGGCAAAAUCACGUAGUUACAUACUUGAUGACGAAGAUCUCAUCGGCAAAGAUUAUUUAUGGCGUGUCAUUACCACCGGCAACGAGAUUAUUUCACACAAAGCAAUUCAAUUGCUGAAAGAAGUAUCGACCGCACUUGGACCAAGACUUCAAGCAAAUAUUGCAACAUUUCAUGAGAAUUUCAUUCGAGAGUGCUGUGAUCGGCUCAAGGCGUACCACGACAAUAUUAUGGUACUAACGGAAACCAUGCAAGGUGACAAUUUACAGGAGAACAGUGACGAAAACAAAGAUAAUAAAAUGCGUCAUGUUGAAGCGGAGAAAAUGUGCCGUGUUAUCAUUAUGCUUUUGGAAUAUAUUGUUGAGUGUGAUCGUGCAUAUACGGGCGAACGUAUCUGUUUGCCAUUGAGUCGAGCUUAUCGCGGCAAACAUGUUACAUUAUAUGUUCGAAUUCAAUUUCCGGGACGACAACAAACCGAAGAUAUUGAAGUGAACACGCAUAGCAACGAAAUGGUUUCCUCAUUCAAGCGACAAUUGCUCAAACGCAUCAAAAGCACAUCGAACAAUAUCAAAAUCGACUUUUACUAUCCAAAUGACAACUUAAUCGAAAUUAAUGAUGAUCAAAAUGCAAUAAGCUAUUAUAAUAUUCGUGAUAAAAUGUUGAUAACUGCCAAAUUAUCACCGUACAGUCCAGGCCUAUCGAGUAGCCCAGACAGCUCUAGCGAUAGCAGUACAGGUUCGCCACCUCGUCCAUGCCCCGACAUGAUGAAACCAGAAAAUGAACGACAACUUCCUGGCAUCAUAAUCGCACAAAAGCCACACUACACCGAAUUCUUUUUGCGAUUGUAUCAAUUGGGAAUUGAUUUGAAUCAUGCACUGUUGCGCGAAGGCUGCCGUAGUCUAUUGCAUUUGUUACCAAUCGAUCGACUAACAUCACAGAAAUUACAACAAAUGUGUAAUCCAUUGGCAACGUACGAUAAUUUGGUGACCGUUACGCCCGAAAUGAUGUUUCUUCAUCCACCAUUUGCGCAAGUGAUUUACAAUUUGGAAGUGUUGUAUGCGCUGCUCAUACCGGCCAUCGAGCAAAAUCAAUCGUUUCAAAUGUCAUGGAUUCAUUCAGGUGUUGCUCAUUUCAUACUGGAGCUAUUGACCAAAAAUAAUUUCAUACCAAACUCCGAUGUACAUACAAAACGUGCUGCCUUCACGAAUGUAUUGCGAUUGUCAAAGAUCUUUUUGUUUGUGGUUGGCUGUGUACUAAGCAAAGUCGGUGACGAACCAGCAUCAUCGAUUAGCGAAACGGGUCGUUCCCAAAUCGAUCUGCUAAAGUCAACGUUUACAAAUAUUUUGGGUCAAACGGAGCAAACAAUUCGUGUGAUUGCAAUGAAAUUGGCAGAUAGUCUAUCGAAUGAAAUGUUAUCAUAUGAACCGGAAGGUGUGACAUGCCGAAAACUAUUUGCAAGUGCAUUGAAAUGGUCGUGUCCAGAUGUGCAAACGAUUAAGGCAAUUGUUCAAUUGGCAUGGGCCAGUGGUGUUGGUCAUCUCGAUAUGUUGGACUCCAGUAAUAGUUUCAGCGAUUCAAAGCCGACACCAGAACAAGCCGAUCAUAAUUUGUGCAAAGAAGCUCUUGAAGUGUUAACCAUAUCGUUGGUUUUAAAUCCGGGGGCCAGUGAAUCGCUUAGCAAAGAUCCAAUGUGGCCGAAAUUCAUUUUGGCAUUAGUGCUGGAAAAUCCAAUGCGUCAAAUUCGACAAAGUGCAACCGAACAAUUGUACUUGAUUUGUACGUAUUGUGCAACCGAUUGGCGACCAUUUUCAUUUGUUAUCGCACUAUUGAUUGAUGCAUUGGAGAAUUUAGCACCACACAAUUCAAGCACAUGUGCUGAAUUCUUCCAAUUAUUGUGUCGAACACUGAACUAUGGAUGCCUAUACAAUUGGCCAUUUCCAAUCAACGAUGUCCUAUUGACGCAGGAAAUUUCAUGGCUACGCGCCAUUUUGGAGAACGUGAAAAAAUGCGGUGAAACGAGCGUGCACGAAGAUCUCCUCGAAGGGCAUUUAUGUUUAACAAAAGAGCUUAUGUUCUACUUUAAUGCUGAUUUAAAGUCCCAGCUCACCGAAUUCAUCAUUGAAAUCUUAGAUGAGUUUCUGUUUCCAGCAUCACGACAAUAUUUGCAACUUUAUCAAAGCGAUCAGUUGAUCAAUUUUGAUGCAGCACCGCCCGUCUGUCGUAGCCCACACACCAUAACAGCUGCAUGUGAUUUGUUGAUUGCAUUAUGCCAAAAUUCAAUACCAAAUAUGAAAUUAAUCGUUAAUAAUUUAGUAAAUAUGAUUUGCACACAUUCGGAACCGUUACGCGAAUGGGAAUAUUUGCCACCAAUUAAUGCACGACCAUUCAAAGGUUUUUGCGGUUUGAAAAAUGCUGGCGCCACAUGCUACAUGAAUUCGGUGUUGCAGCAAUUGUUUAUGGUGCCAUCGAUUCGCGUUGGUAUUCUAAGCGCAACCGGGGCAUGCAACGAUCCACACGAAGAUUUCAGCAAUGAAGCUGAGACCACAUCCGAUUAUUAUCGAAUUGAAAACGAUACGGAAUUCAGUAACUUGAGCAUUCGUGAACGCUACAAUGUGUCGAUUUUAAAGCAUGUCCAAGCAAUAUUCGCUCAUUUGGGACACAGUGCACUACAGUUUUAUGUUCCACGCGGCCUAUGGAGUCAAUUUAAACUUCAAGGGGAACCGGUGAAUCUGCGAGAACAACAAGACGCCGUUGAAUUUUUUAUGUCGAUUUUGGAUAGUUUAGAUGAAGGUCUAAAGGCCCUGGGCCAUCCACAAUUGAUGGCAUCGACACUUGGUGGUUGUUUUAGUGAUCAAAAAAUUUGCAAAGAAUGUCCACAUCGUUAUUCAAAAGAAGAACCAUUCAGUGUGUUUAGCGUCGACAUCCGAAAUCAUAGUUCACUCACAGAAUCGCUCGAACAAUAUGUCAAAGGAGAGUUACUUGAAGGCGCCGAUGCCUAUCAUUGUGAUAAAUGUAAUAAAAAGGUGGUCACAAUCAAGCGAUUGUGUGUUAGAAAGCUGCCCCCGGUUUUGGCAAUCCAAUUGAAACGAUUCGAAUAUGACUACGAACGUGAUUGUGCUAUUAAAUUCAAUGAUUACUUUGAGUUUCCACGGGAAUUAGACAUGGAACCAUACACAGUUUCGGGUUUGGCCAAAAUCGAAGGUGAAGUAAUCGAAUACGAAGAUGAAUUAGAUGAUUCACAAAGUCCGACCAAGUAUCAAUUGACCGGAAUUGUUGUGCACAGUGGACAAGCAUCUGGUGGUCAUUACUUUAGCUAUAUUCUUCACAAGGACUACGAGACGGGUAAAGACCAAUGGUAUAAAUUCGACGAUGGUGAGGUGACCGAAUGCAAAAUGCACGAAGACGAAGAGUUGAAAGCACAAUGUUUUGGCGGUGAUUACAUGGGCGAAGUGUUUGACAGUAAUUUGAAACGAAUGCAGUUUCGUCGACAGAAACGAUGGUGGAAUGCGUAUAUGCUUUUUUACACACGCUGUGAUCAAAAAUUCAUGCAUAAAAAAUCACUGAAAGAGCAAUUGUCAUUGGCCGAAAGUCGUCAUUGUAUAUUACCAAUGCCAGAACCAAUUGAGCGCAGCGUUCGAAUACAAAAUAUCCGAUUUUUACAUUCACGCGACAUUUUUACAUCCGAAUUUUUCAAUUUCAUACGUAAAAUGGUACAUUCAUCGGCACCAACGCGCGUCGAAAAAAUGACGCCACAAUUGGAAGAGUUAUCAUUGUUGGGCAUUCAAUUAGCAUCUCGUUUCUUAUUCCAUACCGGAUUCCAUACGAAGAAAACAUUGCGCGGAGCAUCAAACGAUUGGUAUGAAACAUUAUCGCUUCACUUCCGCCAAUCAACAAUGGUGCGACGUUGGUUCUGCGAAAAUGCAUUGAUCAGUAUACCCGGCAGAUUGGCUGAAUAUGUUUUGGUUGCACCAACACCAGAGUUACGCAGCAUGUUUGUUAAAUUGAUCGUAUUUUUAUGUCAUUUUGCUAUGGGCGACGAACCAUUGCAAAAUAUUCAACCAACGGCCGAUUCAUUGUGUGAACAAAUAUUGAUGCAUGUAUUGUAUUUAUUAAAAACGGACGUACCAGAUAAUGGAAAGCAUUUAACACAAUAUUUCAAUAUGUAUAGUAUGUAUGCCGGCAUGAAUACACAGCAAAGGCUACAAUUGCUUAAGUUGAAUGUUCCGGCAAUAUUUAUGCAAGUUGCAUUAGACGAAGGACCUGGUCUACCAAUUAAACAUCAAUAUCCCGAAUUAUGUAAAUUGCAUCAUGUUGUAUCAAUGCUUGUUAGAUGCAGUGACAUUACAUCGGAAUGUUCGAGUCCAAAUGAAUCGCCAAUUUUACCAAAUGUCUACGGUGAUCCGCAAAUAAAUCCAGAAGAUCGACCAAAACUUUCGAAAGAGGCUAUGCAGCAUCUAUUUCAGAAAACAUCUUAUGUCAAGAAGGUCAUUGAAGAUGUGCAUGUAGGUGAAGAAGGAUUAAAAUUGUUGCAAUAUUGUUGUUGGGAGAAUCCGAUAUUUUCGCGAAAUGUUCUUGUUGAAUUGUUGUGGCAAUGUGGAUUCACCUAUUGGCAUGACUUGCGUCAUCACACCGAUAUGCUAUUGAAUAUAUUGUUGAUGGAAGAUUCAUGGCAAAAUCAUCGUAUCCAUAAUGCAUUGCUCGGUGUGGCCGAAGAGCGUGAAGGUUUACUUGAAAUAAUUCAACGAACGAAAACACACUAUCAAAAACGAGCCUAUCAAAUCAUGAAAUGUUUGGUGCAGCUAUUUAAAACAUGUCAAUGUGCACACGAGAUGCUACUGAAUAAUUUCAAAGUGACAACACAAUGGGUGAUGGCUUGUGAAUGGUUGCGAGAAGAGCUUGAUCGUCGAGUGCCAAGCAAUCAAUACAGUUAUAGUUCCUGGUCUCAUUCAUCGGUGGCCAUAUCAUCGGUUGCCACAAAUGACAAUUCCAACGGUUACAUGCUUGAACGAUCACAAUCGGCUAAAAAUCUUAUGACAUUGGCAUUUGAAUUGUGCCCGAGUGAGCUUGAUGCACCUGAAAAUGAAGAGAUUUCCGAUGGCGUUUUGGUGCGAUUGCAAUCACAACAGAUGUUGGACCAAAUACAUGGUGAUGAUCCGCUUGAAGCAUCAGGCACUGGUCGAGUUGAUGGCGAAAAUGAAUCAUCGGAAAGUGAAGAAGAUCCAUGCGAGAGUAUGAAAAAGAUCCAAGCAAAGCAAGGACUGAAAAGCAAUCCACUUUUAAAACGUGAAUACCAACAAAGAGAUCUCAAUAGUUCGGACACAGUGCAAAAUGAUGAAUUUCGUCAAACCGAUCGACGUUCUCCAUACGAAGAUGAUGAGCAAGAAGAUGGGCAAGAAGAUGACAACGAUACCAAUAUCACAGAUGACGAAGAAAAUGUUGAUGUGAAUAACUAUUACCAAAAACUUGGUAUCAUCGACGACAAAAAUGACGGAACGAAUUCAAGCCGACUGAAAUCGUUGUUGGAAUCGCAGGACAUAACAAAUGAGAUGAAAAAUUUACUAAUAACAAAUCCAAACGCAACCGAAACAGACAUAACAAAAUCCGAUGUUAAGCCAAAUGCACCAGCAACCAGUUCAUCACCGCCAACAAUUCCAUCGAAAACCAAUGAACAGUAACAUAUGGACAAAUGACAGCGCCAACGACAACGCUCAAUCGAAUCGAGACGAUACUCAAGCCAUUGAUUAAAAAUGAAAAACGUAAAUUAACAAGACCGUUUUAUACUGCUGGUACGAGACACAGUUGUCGCUGUUAUUUACAGUUCAUGCAUCAUAUCGGAGGUUGUAGCGCGCUCUGAAAAGUGUAAAAAAUGAAUAAAUGGAAAUGAGAUGAAGAAAAAAGACCGAACCACACGAAGACAGACAGAAAAGAACGCUGGUCGAAUUGUUAAAAUCUUAAUCAUUGUAGAUUUCAUUUUUUGCGCUUAUGUGUGAUAUAAAGUUAAUAACUGAAUGAAUGAGAAAAAAAAAGAUAAUAACAAAGAGAAAACAACAAAAAAAAAACAAAUUAAAUAAUCUAAAAUCCACUAAUUUAUAUACAAAACGAAACAACAAUACAAACAAAAAUGGUGAAUAAAACACAAAUUGAGGUACGAUGCGAGCAAGGGCAAGCGAGAUAAAGAGAAAGAAAUUGACAGUAACUGAAAUGAAAUUACUUAUAACGAAAGAGGGAAAGAGCAAUGAAAAGAGAUAUCAAAAUCAUCUACUUAUUCAUACACACAUUCACACAGAAAAUACACACCAACAACAAAUUCUAAGGAAUAUUAAAAUUGAUUGAGACUCUAGUCCAUCGAAUCAGCAAAAGCAAGCAAACAACAUUUAUGAAACUUAGCUAAAACAAAGGAACACACAAAUCGUUAUAAAAAAACAAAACAAUUUUCCAAAUAUGAUUAUUAUCGAACAGAAUUCAAUGAAUCAAUCGAAAUGGUUACAAGAAAAAUAUUGAAAAAAAAAAAAUGUUUAAAUAGAAGCUCGCGAAUAUACUAGGAAGUUAAUUUAAAUUAAAAA